AACAAAAGAUAAACAUUAUAAUAAAAGUAUAUUUAACAAUUAUUUUAAUACAAUUAUUAAUGAUUUAUUCAUAUUUAUUCACUGGAAUUUUAAAGGGAUAGUUCACCCCCCCAAAAAAAAAAAAAAUCUAUCAUUAUUUAUUCAUCCUCAUAUCCUUACAAACAUGUAUGAAUUUCUUUUGUGGAACACAAAGAGUUAUUUAUAGCAGAAUGUCCAAGCUGCUCUUUUCAAUAGCAUAAAAGUGAAUGAUGACCACCAUUGCUGUCAAACAAAAUUUUCAGAGAAUAUAAACUUCUUUCCUUGCAAAAGCCAAACAGAAGGCUUCAGAAGGCUUGGAAUAUACUGCACAAGUCAUAUGAAAAACUAUUGUGAUGCUUUUAUGGUGCUUUUUGUCCUUUUUGGAGCUCGACAUCUCCCGUCUCCCUACACUCUUAUUCUAUAAUGGAAGAGAGCAAAAUGAGGAGAGGAACCUGGCCACUCUUAUUUGAAGUGUGUCUUCAGGAACACUGCUUAGAGAUCAGCCUUUUGUGGCCAAGUUUAGUGAGGAACUUGAAAGUGAAUCUGGCACAACUAUCAGGGCUGGUGCUGUUGUGCCCAAACUGUUCACCAAAGACAGCGUCAUUCAGGGUCUGACUCUGGAUAAGUCUUACGUUUUUUUACAGGAUCCCAUUCGCUGAUCCACCUGUAGCGGCGUAUUGUUGGAAACACUCUGUCCCGUCACAGCGUGGAAGGGGAUGUACGACGCCACCUAUCCCAGGGCGGCCUGCAUGCAGGUGAAUGAAGACUGUUUGUACCUGAAUGUGUUUGUUCCUCUGAGUGUGAACAUCACAGCUCCGCUGCUCAAACCGUUGCCCAUCAUGGUUCUGAUUCAUGGCGGUGACUUCAUCGCUGGCUCUGCCUCCAAACCGCUGUACGACGCAUGUUACAUCAGUAACUUUACACAAACGGUGGUUGUAGGCCUGGGAAAGGACCCAAGAACCUCCGCGGUAGGAAACUAUGGGAUUCUGGACCAGCAGAUGGCAUUGCUUGGGGUCCAACAGAACAUUGCAGUGUUUGGAGGUGACCCAAGACAGGCACGAGUUGCUGAGGUUGGGGAAGGACUUUGCGAAGAUGUCCAGCUGCUCAGUGAAGGACAUUGCGUGUCUGCUGUCUGAGUCAUCAGGCGGUGCUGACCACUCAGAUUAAAUCCAGCUCAAAGGUGGUGAACCCGUUCCAUUUUCUGGAGGUUUUUGAAAGCUGUGGGCCGUAUACUGAUGAAGAGCUGAUCAAGGAACAGUACGUGAGCGCGUUUCAGAAAGGACAUUGGCAGAAGGACAAACUGGACAAACUUAAAUGAUUUUCCAACAUUUACAUUACCAUCUGAAUCUAACAAUAGUGUAUAGUGCAAUAAACAAAUUAACAGUUUUACAUUUUGAUUUUGGGAUGAGGUACCCAGGAUUAUAACGCAUUAAAGCUGAGGUGUGUAACUUCUCUUGUCCUAGCGUAAUAUGCAGACACAACUACGGGUAAGCCAUUCGUAGGUCAGUUUUCUCCGAAAGUGUAAACACUCGCCAAAUAUCCAUACUUCCCUACUAUAUAGUAUGCCAAAAACAGUAUGCCAAUGGAGUAGUAUGUCAGAAUCCUCAGUAUUAAUAAAACAGUAAGCAAGUAGUACCUGGAUGACCUACUAUUUCGGGCACUUUAUAAUCCCAUAAUCCCUUCCGGAGCUGAGGCGAUGUCACGUUCAAAAUGCUGAACGGCGAUGAUUCGCAAGUCGGACAUCUCUUUUCAACUGUGAGUGAUAUAUGUAUAUAUACCAAGAUCCUUGAGCUUAAAUGUUGCUUGUUUAACAAAACCGAGUAGAUUAAUUUUGCGGUUGUUGUUAUUAUGUCAUAUAUUCGAGUCACGGGUCAAUACCCACGUCCCCGAUAAAGAAUGUCCGAAAUCUAUUCAUACUACUCGCAUGCACUCCUAACGUACUGUUUUACAGGCAGAGAAGUGUGUCCUUCAUCAAAUACAGUACAUACUGUGACAGUACGCGGUUUCAGACGUCUCUGUAGCCCCAUAAAAAUUCAUCUGUUUUGAGCAACCCGUCCAGCCCAACACAACAACAUAAACUCAACCAAUCGCAUGAACUGGGGGAGGGACUCUCUGUUUGUUCAACCAACAGCAGACGGGGGUUGAAUUCAGAAAGCUUUUUUUUAUUUUUGCAAUUCCAUUCACACUUCAGCUUUAAAUCAAUUUCUUAAUCCGUAUUUUUGUCUUGUUUUCCAUUAGAAAUAUGCAAAUAUUCUUAAAACGAGUCAUGUAAAAUUUACAUAAAUAUUCAAAGUAGAAAGUACUUAAUCUUUUCUGCUAUAUUAAUUUUGACACAAUCGUAAAAAAAAAUUUAAUUUUCAGUGUAAUUGUAUAUUUUUUAAAGAUGUUUACAUAUUUAAGCUAACCCUAACCCUAAAUAUUUUUUUGCAGUGUUUAUCAAAUUGGGCCAUGUGUUUGGUCACUGUAUUUAACUGUUGGUCUAAUGAUGGAGGGCUGGUUAUUAUGUGUGUGUUGUGUAGGAACCACCUCAGAGGAAGGUGUGAUUUUUGUGUAUGGAGUCUUCACUAAGCCAGUGUCACCUAUCAAGUGUACAAUCUACACGACAGCCAUUUUCAAACAACACGGCAUCAAAAUCCGGCGCAAAUACCUGCCAAUGUACAAAGAUGCUGACCGCAGGAACAUGCUAGCACAGGUCAGUGAUGACAAUGAAGGACUGAGAUUUUCUGAGUGUGCAUGUGGGCACAAGAGACAUAUUAAAAGUCAAUGAGAUUCCAGACAAAGUCCAGCUGAUGUCCACAAGAGAGCACUGUCACUCUAGUGUAUCAUGUGGUGUAAAUUCCUCUGCCACCAUGGCUUCAGUUAGUGAUACAGUUACAUCUGAGAGAUAUCAAAGGUCACCAUGGCCUGUCAAUCAAAUCACUAGAGUCUUCUCAGUAUGCAAGGAAACAGCAUUCAGCCAGUAGACAAGGAGGCAUUCAAUAUCACUCAUGUGUGUGUGUGUCUUUGCUGAAAUCGAUCCAUGCCCGACUGCAGGCGGUAGAUACUGUGUGUGGGCUGUGGCCUUGUGUGUGUUCUCGCAUGCAUGUUUAGUUACCAGGUAACAGAUAGUGACACUUAACCUACAGAGACAAGAUGAAAAGCUCUGAACAAAUGCUGAUCAGACUCCACUCAAAUCACUUCAAUGAAUUCCUCAAAACUAAACGCAUUUCAACACACACUCAUUUCACAAUUAUGUUUCAACUGUAUAAUUUACUCCCUAAGUCUAUUAAAUAUUAUGACAUUCAAGCAGUGGUGGAAAGAGUGAUUUUGUUUUUUUUUUACUUAAGUAAAAGUACUGCUACUGUAGAAAUAAUUCACUUGAGUACAAGUAGAAGUACUCAGAACUAUUAGGACUCAAGUAAGAGUAAAUAAGUAGUUUGUCGAAAAACUACUCAAGGUACUUUAUGAAAAUUAUAUUAUAUGUAGUGUGGUAUUCAUUCCAUAUUUUCUU